GCCUUGAGCAAUCAAAAAUUGACAUCGACUCCAUUCCAUCUUCAAGCAUUCCCCCAAAGCAAGCCCCCCUUCUUAAUUAGUAUUCACGGGACAACACAUUUAGCAAGAACAAGAAAAAAUUAAAGAAAGAAAGAAUGAAAUCAAUAUUCCUACUCUUGCCUCUCACCUUCUUCCUAGCCCUCCACCCUAACCUCGCCGUCGCAGUCGAAUUCGAUGCCAGCGACACCGUCACGGCCACUGCCAACGGAGCCUACGCCCCCGCCGAUGCCACCAGCCUAAUCGUGAAAGCCUGCGAGCACUCCGUCGAUAAGGAACUCUGCCACCGGACUCUGGAGACCCACCCCAACGGCAACCACGCAGACCUUACCAGCCUCGCCACCAUCGCGCUCAAGCACGCCGUAGAAAAUGCCUCCAAUGCGCUUAUUCGAAUCAACAAGUUGCUGAACGAGACUGGUUUGGACCCCGUGGUGGAUCAGUGCCUCCAGGACUGCCUGGAGCAUUACUUGGACGCCGUCGACCAGCUCGACGGCUCCAUCGCCGCCCUCGCUUCCAAGGCCCACCACGACGUUAAGACGUGGGUUAAGGCCGCCAUCGCCGACGCCGACUCCUGCGACGCGGCCUUCCACGAACAGGGUUCCGAGACGCUAGUCCUCGCUCAUACCAACAGAGUCUUCCGCAAGUUGUGCAACAAUGUCCUGGCCAUCACCAAUCAGCUGGGUUGAAAUUGACCUGAAGCCCUGCAACUUCUAAUUUUAAUCAGACUCUCAAUUGCUUGAUUUUAUUUUGCUUCUUUUGGGUUUUGGAUUCUUCUAGCUCUGAGUCAUUCCCCACUUUGUCUCAAUCCUGUAAUGGGCUUUGUUUUAUAUAUAUAUAUAUUCUCAUGUAGCGAGACGAUGAUUGUCAUCCAAACUCAUAAAAUGUAAUAGAAUUUGAUUAAUAUUGCAACAAGGUAACUCAGCAUUUUGAUUCUUUCUCCCCCUCCCUUUUUGAAAUGACCUCAAAAUGAAAAUGGGAUCGCAUACACCAUCUGAAUCAUUGAUGGACCCAAGGAGAUGAGAAAACAAUGAGAAAUCUCCAAUACC